AUGUUCCCAGAACGAUACUCAUGCGAUCGUUGCCGCCAGCAAAAGGUCCGAUGCCUUAAGAACUGGGAACUAUCAACGGCCGUUAGCGGCCGCAACCAUCUUACCCCAUGCGAGCGAUGUAUAAAGGCGGACGUACCAUGUGUGUACAGCUCGAGACCGAAAGGCAGACGAGAAAAGGGGAAAGACGUCCUAUCCCCAAGAGGAAAUCCACAUCUCAGUCAGCAUCUCUCAAGCGUGCUCUCAGGUAGCGAUGUUGCAUAUGAUCUCAACGACCUGAUGAUGCCGUCGCUUGACACGACCAUGGGCUGCAUGGACGAUGGCGACCCACACAGCUGGAUCAACAACAAUGACCUCACAUAUAAUACAGAGAGUUACGACAGGACCCAAGAGGGCCCAGGGACCAACCCAACACUCUCUCGGGAUGAAGGCAAAGAGACCUUGACAGGGCAGCUGAUGAAACUGAGCAACCGGGCCAUGGGCGCCACACGAGAACUUGAAUGCGCAGUCAUUACUACGUCUUUAACAGUAAACUCCCCUGUAGUGAAUGAAGCAUUCGAGGCCGCGAAUGCUUUAGUGCACAUCAUCAACAGUAUCCCUCCGGUGAACUGCCCAUAUGGCUCCUCGCAACCUUUGUCCCGCGAUGGAAACGAGCGACAACUGCCUACCGAACACAGUACAAUUUUUCUAGCUCUGGCGUCUUAUCAGCACGUCCUAGCCCUCUUCCACGCAGUUUGUGACUUUAUUAAGAGAUCCUUGGGGUGCAUAGCUCAAGGGACCGAGCUGCAACAACAAACUUUGCACGGCGCUGGGUCGUCCUCUGCGCAGUUCAUCAUGGUUCUGCAGCUCAUCAUGCACCUACUCAACCGCAUAGGUCGCAGCCUUCGAAUGGGAAACCGAGAGAAUACUAACCAACACGAUUUGAGGUUUGGGCCUGGUGGCGGUGGAGAUGGCAGCAGCUUAGAAAGUAUUGUGGGCUCUGCUCAGGUCAUGCUCAAAACCCUACCUGAUGAGCACGUCAAGCUUAGCGAGGUCAUUCAGGAACUUCAGGCUUGCAUAGAGGAAAGAGUUUAUGUCUAG